CCUCCUUUCCUUCCUUCCUUCCUCGAAACUCCUUCUUCAACCAUGGCGACACCAACUAGAACCCCAAAUUGACCCCCAAACCACCGCAACAGGGGCGGAGCCAGUGUAGCGGCAGGGGGGGCCAUGGCCCCCCCGGGAAUUUCUAGAACGCGAAUAAUACUAGGUAGUGGUAGACUCGUGACAUGAAUCUAUUUAUAGUGUAGUGGUGGAAGUUGUCAAUUCUAACCUAGAGGUUGGUAGUUCGAGUACAAUGGGAGCUUAUGUUUUAUUUUUACUCCACACAUUUCAAUAUCUACGUUUUAUUUUUACUCUACACAUUUUAAUAUCUACUAUCUGUUAUUUCAGUUUUGGCUUUUUCAAUAUCUACUAUCUGUUAUUUCAGUUUUGGCUUUAGUUCCAUUUUAGACGAAAUGGGAGCUUAUGUUUUAUUUUUACUCCACACAUUUCAAUAUCUACGUUUUAUUUUUACUCUACACAUUUUAAUAUCUACUAUCUGUUAUUUCAGUUUUGGCUUUUUCAAUAUCUACUAUCUGUUAUUUCAGUUUUGGCUUUAGUUCCAUUUUAGACGAAAUUUAUACAAAUGCUUUAUUUUCUUUUGUAUUUAAUUAUUGGAUUAUCAACUAACCUAGUAUGUAUGUAUGUACUGUGCUAUGCGAUCUUGCAAGAAAGUGUUACACAUUAGAUUAUUAAUUUUGUUUUGACUCUUCUCGUUUCUACUGUUAGUGGUGAACGGGCUUUUUCUGUCAUGCAAUUCGUGACUAAACCACGCAACAAAUGAGUGAUGAUUUCUCACUGGUGGUCUUGUUAUUUAUAUUGAACGAGAUGUAAUCGACCCUUUCCGUAUAGGUAGUAUUUUGAGUGAUGUGAUUAAUCUCAAAGGCGCCGUGUACGUUUAAAAUAAUAAAUUAUAUUUGAUAUUUUCUUAUAGUAUUAUUUUGUUUGAAAUUUUUUUUGGCCCCCCGAACUUGAACUCCUGGCUUCGCCCCUGCACCGCAACGCUGAAAACAAACAACAAACUAUGAACACAGCCGAGGAAAUUGCCUACAAUUUCUUCCUCUCCCUUCUCGCCAUCAUCAUCAUCUUCCUCAACAUCGCCCUCUUACUCUCAUGCCGCAAAAACCCAUCCCCUGAAACUGAACCCGAACUCGAAGAUUCCUCCCCCACCGGCAGCGUUUCCGCCGUCGCAAAAGCCAGAGCAUACCAACUCUCCGACAUCGACGCCGCCACUUACGGACUCAACCCACUUCGAAUCAUCGGCCAAGGAUCCUCCGGCACCGUCUACGCCGUCGUAUUCCCCGGCGACGACUUCGUCGCCGUCAAGAGAAUUCACCCAUCCCUCAUCCUACUCAACGCCAGCGGAUUCGAAUUCUCCUCUGUAAUCAAAACUCUGUCUUCCGCCCACCACCCAAACAUCGCCCCUGCCCUCGGAUUCUCCCAAGCCCCCAGAGAAAGAAUCGUCGUCAUGGAAUUCAUCGGAAUUCAGAAUCUGAAUCACCUCCUACACGAAUCCCCCGACGGAGCCUCGCUCCUCGACUGGCGUCGGCGACUGAAAAUCGGUUGCGACGUAGCCAGAGGAAUCGAGUAUUUACACGAGCGGAUGUCGGCGCCCGGCGGGACGAUUCACGGGUGCGUGAAGCCUUCGAAGGUGUUCAUUGACGAGAAAUUCAGGGCCAAGGUGUGCGAUUACGGGAUCUGGUUCAAUGGGAGGAGGAGAGGGAUUGUGGGUUAUGUCGAUGCAGAGUACUGGAACAGGGGAGCUUCGAAGGAGAGCGACGUUUAUGGGUUCGGGGUGGUUUUGUUGGAGCUUCUGACGGGAGGAGAGCGGAGGAAGGGUUGCUAGUGAAAUGGGCGGUGUCGUUGUUGAAGGAGAUGAGAUUUGGCGAAGUUUUGGAUCCAAGAUUGGAAGUGCCGAGCGAUAUGAAGAUGAUUGUAAGGCUGGGGAAAGUCGCGUCGGCUUGUGUUGGUAACUGUAAUAAUGAGGUAGAAAAUAUAAAAGUUUAUUUUUUUAUUUUUAAUAAUUUUUUAAUUGCCACGUCACAUAUUUCACGGUCAACUAUGAAAGUUGACUGCCACGUAAGUUAGAGUUAACGGAAAUGGACGGAGAGUGACCAAACUUGAACCAUUUAACUAAUUUGAGUGACAAAGAUUGGAUUUAAAUAUUUCCAGUGACCAAAUAUGAACGUUUUUUGUAAUUUGAGUGACCAAUCGUACAAUUAACCCAUUUAUUAUUAGAAGGAUAUGUUUGUGCAAAAAUGUAGUAUAAGGGUAUGUUUGUUAAUUUGUCAAAGUAGAGAGGUACAAAAUGAUAUUAAUCCUUAUAUAAUUAAUAAUAUACCUGCAUUAAUUAAGAUUUAAGAGUAAUAAUUUUGUAAUAAAGGUGAAAAAUUUAUCUUCAGCAAUUUUCGUGCCCUCAAAUUGGAAUCGAUGAAUGUUGGGCCGAACUUGGACUUAUUUGUUGUUGGACAGUUGGAGAGAGGCCGAAUCAAGGUUGUCAACCCGCGGGCUGACCCGGACCCGGUCGAGCUCGUGGGUUAAGGGUUAAUGGGUCAACCGUUUUAGCUCGAUUUGGCCCGAAAAUAUGAAAAGAGUUAUUAUAUUGUAUUUAUCCUGAUAAAUUAUAUCAAAUCUU